AUGACGAACGAUACUCACAUUGAGUUGGUACGAUUUGCGUGGUUGAUUACGAGAACAGAUGCGAGACUCAAAACACACGAUGCAUUAUUCACCAGUUUGACCGUUACAGUCAAUGUCUUGGCUUCAAAGAUGUCUUGGAAUGAAAGCGAUUUAUUUGAUGGAAUUUCAGUUCAAGCUGCGUCUCCGUUUCAACUACCUUAUGGUGCCUUGGCUCAGGGUCUUGUUUCAGAGAGUAGGAGGGGGAGUCAAGGAACAGUCAGCUCUGGUUCAGCGAGUAGUUUAGGUGGGACACCAUCACCCCUGGAUCAGCCAACGUCACCGCCAUUCGGUGCACCAACGAAUCUGGUCCGAUUCAGGUAUUCUUCGUUGCUCAUUCUAAUUCUAAACAUACAUCUAUCCUCAAAAGAGCGAAUCAUUGGAUCCGAUGGAUGGAAGCGCCUCAAAACUUUACGAAUCACCAAAUGUUGGAACCCAAUUUACGUGCAUUUUAGCGUGCGCAUAGAUAUUUGA